UUAUUGUUAUUAUUUUUUUGUGGUGAUUGAAAACAGAAAACUUACAUCAUUUUUUUAGGACACGUAAAGUAUACAGUAGAACAUUAUUAGUUAUGCAAUACAAAACUUACACCCAUUUCUUUUCUUUACAAGUAAAUACUUUUCUAAAAAUCUUACCGGCAUUAGGCAUAUACCCUAUUGGCCCAAGUACCUAAAAGUAGGACAAAUAUCAAUAUGCAGAUAUAUAUAUGACGAGCGAAGUCCACUAAAGAAACAGAACAUCACAUCAUGUCUUCCUCUCGAACACAACCCUCGUCUUCUUCCAGUACUUCUUCAGUUUGGCAACUCCAAUACAUGAAGGUCCACUUCUUCACCAAGAUUCGUUGCCUUUUGAAAUCCAAAGCAUCCACCCGCAAACGCAACGUUCAAGCCUCACCUGAAAAAUCAAGAAACCAUCAAGAUUCCGAGAAGGUGGCGGACCUCCCGGAAGCAGUAGUAUCAAAGCAACCAGAAGAUGAGAAUGAGGAGGUUGUGUUGCAGAGAACGGUGAAGAAGCUUCACUUCGGAAGCUGGGAAGAGAAGAAGAAAGCUGCCAUCGAGAUCGAGAAACUUUCCCGAGAAGACAGGAAGACUCGGAAGCUGAUGGCUGAGCUCGGUGUUAUUCAGGUUCUUGUUUCUAUGGUGGCUUCUAAUGUCUCCGGCCAUCAGAGAGCUGCCGUCAAUGCUCUUAUUCAGCUUUCUCAUGGAACCUACACGAACAAGGCACUGAUGGUGAGCGCCGGAAUAUGCUCAAAGCUACCUAAUGAUGUUGAAGUUCUCGACCAAUCAACAAGACAUGGCUUCACGGAGCUUCUGCUUUCACUUUCGUCUCUAACAAUCACACAAUUACCAGUAGCUUCGUCACGGAUUCUACCGUUCUUAAUGGACACAAUGAACUCAGACUCAACAGACAUAAAGACCAAAGAGAUAUGUCUAGCCACCAUAAACAAUCUCUCUCUCGUGUUGGAAAACGCAGAGCCAUUGGUCUUAAGCGGGGCAGUGAAGACACUCCUAAGCCUAAUGUCAGCUAAAGACUUGUCAGAGAAGGCACUAGCGAGUCUAGGGCAAUUGGUAGUGACUCAAAUGGGUAAAAAGGCAAUGGAGGAAUGUUUGGCUGUGCCCAAAGAUUUGAUAGAGAUAUUAACAUGGGAAGAUAAACCAAAAUGCCAAGAAUACUCGGCAUAUAUCUUGAUGGUAUUAGCUCAUCAGAGUUGGAGCCAGCGCGAGAAAAUGGCCAAGUCAGGUAUUGUGCCGGUUCUUCUUGAAGUGAGCUUACUUGGGAGUCCUUUGGUUCAAAAGAGGGCGGUGAAACUUUUGCAGUGGUUCAAGGAUGAGAGAAAUGUACGGGUGGGUCCUCAUUCGGGUCCACAAACGGGUUGGGCGAGUCCUGGGAUAGGAUCUCCAAUGAGUCCGAGGUCAGGGCAAGAAGGUAAGAAAAUGAUGAAGAAUCUUGUGAAACAGAGUUUGUACAAGAACAUGGAGAUGAUAACUCGAAGAGGGAAUGUUGAUAUGGAGAGUGAAAGUUGUAGGCUUAAGUCUUUAAUCAUCAGCACAAGCUCUAAAAGCUUGACUUAUUGAUCUUUAGUUUUGUGUUCUCAUAUUGCUAUAUAACGUGAUUAGUGAGUGUCUUGCUCUGAAAACAGAAAUAUUUAAACAAGGGAAUAGAAAAUAGGGAGAAGCAAGAAGUGGAAUUGCUAAAUAUGAAACGCUUUUAGAGUUCCAUACUAGAAUUAAACUUGAUUUUGGAUCAAUCAUAUUUGUGGAUCCAUGAUCCAAUCUAGUUCAUUUGGUUACGGUAUGAGAGAUAGUUGAUAAUCGAUGAGAACGAAUAAUUUAGAUAUAAAAAUUAGAGAGAAGUUCAGAAAAACUUUCAAAUUGAAACAUUUUCCCAACUAAAGUCUAACUUUACUUAAAUAAAUCUUCAACUCGUCAAAUUUAAAUUCAAACAAUGGUACUAAAUUAAAUUACCU